GUGCUGUAGGAAUAAGAAAAAAAAAAUAUAGGGUGUCUAAGUGAAUAGCAUCAAAACCUAAGGGGCCAAAAUAAGCAAACCAAACUUGUUCAAACCCAGGGUUUAUCUCCGGCAUUUCAGAAUUCGCAGCUCUCAACAAUGGCGGAAACAAUAAGCAGAGCUCUCCGUGACGGAGCAUUCGAAGGAGAACACGCUCCUGCUCUUACUAUAAAGGAUACUAUCCAUACACCUCUCGGUUCCUUCGUCUUCAAUCACGUGCUUACACAACUCACUUCCAAUAUUCUCGCCGGUAAAUCACAAUCUCGAGGUGUUGUGCUGGUUGCAUUAUCUCGGCCUCCAUCGUUCUAUGCUGAGGUGUUGAAAAAUAAAGGUUUCGACGUUUCUUCAUCAAGUAAAUGGAUAAGAGUUUUAGAUUGCUAUUCGGAUCCACUUGGAUGGAAAAACAAGUUGAUGGAGAGAGGAACUUUAAGAAAUCCGUAUGAAGAGAGCGUUCUGAAAACUAGUUUAUGUAAGAACUUGAAAGAAUUGGACAAGGUUUUGUCUUCGAUUGUUGAACUUGGAAAAGAGAUUGUUGAAGAGGGAAAAGGGAGAUUUGCAGUUGCAAUAGACUCGGUAAGUGAGAUCUUGAGUCAUUCAUCUCUACCUUCUGUUGCAAGAAUCUUAAGUCAUCUUCGCAGUCAUGACCAGGUGUCAUGCAUAUUUUGCUUGUUGCAUGUGGACCUUCAUGAGGCCAAGGUGGCUGCAACUCUUGAAUAUUUGUCCACUAUGCAUGCGGAGGUGGAACCAAUAGUUCAAAGAACAAAUGGACAGAGAAGCACCUCAGAGGACCUCCCGAUGGUGGAACAGUGCCUUAAAAGGGGGAAGUUUCAUGUACGCUUUAAACGCAGAAAUGGACGUGUCAGAGUGAUGAGGGAAGAACUUUAUGUUGAGGGAUCAGGCAUCAAAUUUACAGAAGUUUCCUCUGUAGAUGGACUCACUGCCCAAAGUCUUGUUCCUAAGGUGCAAUUCAAUUUAGAGCUGUCAGAGAAGGAGAGAUUGGACAGGGCGAAAGUCGUACUCCCAUUUGAACACCAAGGAACUGGUAAACCCAUUCAAAUCUAUGAUGGUCGCAAAUCCCUUAAUGGAAGUGAAACUGAGGAGAAACAAGCUUCAGUUGAGAAACCGCAAACAACGGAGGAUUCUGGGAGGGGUGAAAUAAUAUAUUUUCGGGAUUCAGAUGAUGAGAUGCCAGAUUCAGAUGAGGAUCCUGAUGAUGAUUUGGACAUAUGAUUGUGUAUCAUCACUUUUCAAACAUCCGUAUACCAGAUUUAUAAGAUGAAGGCUCUUUGCGACCAAUUUACAAUCUAAAUUAUGUCAAAAGGUCAGGCUGGCAUCACCAAGUCCAUGUCCCAAAUAUUUUCCUGGUAAUAUACUUAUACAUAUCGGUUCAAUGGAAUAUUCUUGACCUCUCUAAGUUUAUAGGUUGACUGGCAUGUCCAGCUAAGUAGGAGGUUUAGUUGAUACCAAACUAGUGCAACUUAUCUUUAAGUACCUUUGACCACUCGUAUUAAGGGUACAAGGGGUUGGAGUAGAAUGAAUCAAACCAUUUGUAAGGUGGUUAGUUUCUUUGGGGGUUUUCCGACUGGAUUACUGGUGGGAUUACAACGGGAUUAUUUUGCUUAUCUAUGAUUGUCUAACAGCUUUGUAACUUGUAUGACUUGACCAUACAUUAGUUUGUUACAUAUGUUACCCGAAGUUUGGGCGUGUGCUA